CAAAAUCCCGUACAAGAAAUCAACCAGGAAGCGAAUGGCGGAAAUUUAGAUCCACCUCACCACUCACGCUUUCAGCUAGCAGUUUUUAGGGCAGAUCCGUUUUUGUCCUGAAUGGAGAGGCCAGUUGAGUAGACAGCAGAUGUCUUCAGCUAAAAACGGUGGACGAUUUUGAAGAAACGAUGUCGUCGCGUCUAACUACCCGGCAGGAUCGGUAAAGUGUAUGGACGGAUAGCCUGCUGAGAGAGUCCUGUCACUGACAGCCUGCCAGAUUAAACACCGACAUAUGGCCCUGCUCCUCAGCUAGCCGAGGGAGACGACGUGACAAGACGACCAAACUAGCAUCAUGUUCCUGAAAACAUCUUUCACCACUGUGAUUGUGGGGGUGUUUGUAGUGUACGUGCUCCACACCUGCUGGGUGAUGUACGGGAUAGUGUACACUAAACCCUGCGACAGCCCCAAAGGUGACAACUGUAUCACACCCUUCUUGGCAGGGGACCCAAAACUACAGUUGAGUAUCUACACUGCACUGCAGCCCAAUGCAGAGGGAGGACAUACUUUGAUCUACAAAGAGGAAAAAUUUGAUGUCAACAGCAAAUUUGAGAGGAUAGUAAAUGUCUCCCUCCCUAAGAAGACCCGCAACAAUGGAACUUUAUAUGCGCUAAUAUUUGUCCAUCAAGCUGGCGUCACUCCGUGGCAGGAUCCACAACAGGUCCACUUGGUGGCUCAGCUUACCACAUACAUGGUCCCUAAACUGCCUGAAAUCUCUUUGAUAUCUGGCGAGGAUCAAACACAGGGUCAGAAAGAAGAAGCCCAGCAGAAGAGACGUGAUGGUAACCCUACGGCAGGGGGUGGAGCUGGUCCCUCUUCCAAGGCCGACCACCCAGUUUCUCACUGGCGCACUCGCCUGACACUCAACAUUGUCAGCGACCACUUCCUGUUUGACAGAGAAUACCUGCCUAGUGAUGUCCACAGAUACCUCAGAGUAUUCCAAAAUGGUAAGAAGAUGGUUUAUCUACCUCUGCUGUUUGUUGAUGAGCUCAGCAACCGGGUCAAGGACCUUGUGGAGAUCAACAGUACCUCCAUGGAGCUCCCUCUGACCAUCUCCUACGACUCUAUCUCUCUGGGGAGGCUACGAUUCUGGAUCCACAUGCAAGACGCGGUUUUCUCUCUGCAACAGUUUGGUUUCACAGAAAAGGAUGCUGAUGAGAUUAAAGGAAUCUUCGUGGACACCAACCUGUACUUCCUGGCUCUGACCUUCUUUGUAGCUGCCUUCCAUCUCCUCUUUGACUUCCUGGCAUUCAAGAACGACAUCAGCUUCUGGAAGCAGAAGAAAAGCAUGGUGGGAAUGUCCAGCAAAGCAGUGCUGUGGCGUUGUUUCAGCACCAUAGUGAUUUUCCUCUAUUUGUUUGACGAGCAGACCAGCCUGCUUGUCCUCAUACCUGCUGGCGUCGGCUCUAUCAUUGAAGUAUGGAAAGUGAAGAAGGCCUUGAAGAUUCAGGUUUUCUGGAAAGGAGGCAAACCAACAUUCCUGUAUGGGAAAUCAGAUGAAUCGGAGAGGAGAACAGAAGAGUAUGAUACUCUGGCCAUGAAGUAUCUCUCAUACCUCCUUUACCCGUUGUGUAUCGGAGGGGCUGUGUAUGCUCUAAUAUUCCUACGAUAUAAGAGUUGGUACUCAUGGUUGAUCAACAGUUUGGUUAAUGGUGUAUAUGCCUUUGGCUUCCUCUUCAUGCUUCCUCAACUGUUUGUCAACUAUAAGCUGAAAUCUGUGGCCCACCUGCCCUGGAAAGCCUUUACGUACAAGGCGUUCAAUACCUUCAUCGACGAUGUGUUUGCCUUCAUCAUCACCAUGCCAACGUCCCACAGACUGGCCUGUUUCAGGGACGAUGUGGUGUUUCUCAUUUACCUCUACCAGAAAUGGCUCUACCCAGUGGACAAAACGAGAGUAAAUGAAUACGGAAUUUCUUACGACGAAAAACCCAAAGGAAAGACUCACAAGGACUAGUGAGGAAAUACUUCUGGCUUCCAUGAUCUGGUAUCUUGUCUUCAGUCCACAGGUAUCCACUGAUUGGUAUUGGUCAUUUAGUAUCAACGGAGCUGGUUUAACGGUCCAGAGGCACCUGGGGAAAAAAAUUUUGGGCUCUGUUCAGUUAGUUGUAAAUGGACCAGACGCAUCAACAUCCUUGUGUUUUUAUGACUUUUUGCUCCGUCCCAUAGUGUUGAAAGGUCAACAUCUGCUUAUCUGCCUCAUGCAGUCUGGGGAAUGUUUUUUUUUUGCAGUGUGUGAUGGGACAGGAAGAUCAUUAAACUGACUGGCCGGCACCUUGCUUACGACUGUGACCAUGUCUACCACAGGUCAGACACUGCUCACCUUUGGUAUGAAAUAGUACACUGAUUACUAUAGUAACUCUACUAUAGUAGAUAUUGGUGGUCAUUUUGAGCCUUCUCAGCUAGAGAUUCUGCUCUUCACAAUCCACAAAGCCAGUCACAUUCCUUGUCUAUUGGAACAGCUCCAUACUGUUAUUAUAUCACUGGAUGUCUUUUUUUUUUUUACCUGGAUUUCCAGCUUUGCAUGUCUGCAAAUACUGGUUUGGUUGUGCUAAGCUGCAAGAGUAAGGUAUGAUUUAUUACAGAAGGGUGGGACUCCAAAUUAACAUGAAACUGACUUACUUUAUUUUCAGAAUUUUAAUAGCAAUGUUAAAAAAGGAUUUAUUAUAAUUUUGAACAUGUUUAAAUCAAUUAAUUAACUGACUGCAUACAUUUUGAGAAGAACUGCUUUGAAGAAUGAUAUAUCUAAAUAUAUUGAUUUUCCAGAUAAUCAUUCCAUAUGUGCAAAGUGUGAUACAUCAGAGCUUUCAAUCACAGUUUCCCAGUCCUAAGUCAAUGCAUUGUUAGCUCAGUUAAUCAUUCCUGAUGCAGAAUUUGAGUGCUUUUCUAGAAAGUAUAUGAAAUUGUGAUAAUUAUGUUUAAAUAUUGCUCAGUGAAAAGGUUGUUAACAAUUUGCUCUUAAAAAGUAUCAAUUUGUUGACAUUUCAAAUUAUUUUUUUCCAAAAUGAUGAAGACAAAGCUUUCGUGUUUUAACCCUGGUACAAAUUCCAGAAUGACAGAUCCUGUUAAAGCAGGAAUAUACAUGCUUAAAAUGACUGAGGCAGAAGACAAAGAAAAGGACACUUAAAAUGAAACAAAGAAUUAAUGAGAAAUGUCAAAUACAACACUUAACUUUAAGAGUUUUACAAAUGUACUUUCCACCGAUGUAAUACGGCUGUUAAUAGUAUCACAAUAGCAGAUUCUGAUUUGUUGCCAUGGUGAAGGGGAUACAUUGCCUCAAUGUUUCAGAAUUUUUAUCUGCAAUAGAAGCAGAGAAGAUUCUGAUUUGUUGCCA